AAGGAGCCAUGAGAGAGAGACAGAAGAAGAGAGAGGAAGAGGGAGGGGGAGAGAAGGGGAGAAGGGGAGACUGGUGGUUGGAAUAGGAGGGAGGGGGGCGCAUGGGGCGGGCAGACGCCUGCGAGGCUCAGGCUCACACGCACGCCGCCUCUGUUUGUACACAGUGAGCUCCUGGCUGCCGGCUAGCUCCCUUGCUCCCCACCUGCUCACGCUUCAUUGUUCUCCAAGUCAGAAGCCCCGGAGCCGCGGAGGCGCGAGCUGAGCUUAGCGCCCAGUCUGCGGGUCCCCCGGCUUGGGUGACCCAGAGUCACCGCGAGCCCGAGCCCCGCCCUGCCCGCCUGCUAGGCUGGGACCCACCCGCAACCGAGGCUGAGCUGGUUGGAGGCUCCCCAGAGCUCGCCCACCUCCCAGUGCCAGAGCAGAGGCAAAAGGGGAAGAAAUUCCUCUCUUUAGUCACCACUCUAUCUCACCCUCUCCAAGAAUUUGUUUAAGGAAACGCUGCAGGAAGAAGACAUCUUCUUGAAUCCUCUAUCGGGCGGGGUCUGCCGCUACCCUGCGGUGCCAUCUCAGCGACACUAUCAUCCGCUAAGACCCCUUUCCAGUGGGGUCACGUCCGAGAGACCGGAUCAUGAAGCACUCCGUGGCCGCUUGGCUCUUGGUCGGGCUCAGCUUCAGUGUCCCUCAGUUCUGCAAAGGUGAUAUUUGUGAGCCCAAUCCAUGUGAAAAUGGAGGUAUCUGUUUGUCAGGAUUAUCCGAUGAUUCCUUUUCCUGCAAGUGUCCAGAUGGCUUCACAGGUCCCAACUGUUCUAGUGUUGUGGAGGUUGCAUCAGAUGAAGAAGGGCCAACUUCAACAGGUCCCUGCAUUCCUAAUCCAUGCCAUAAUGGAGGAACCUGUGAAAUAAGUGAAGCGUACAGAGGGGACACAUUCAUAGGCUAUGUUUGUAAAUGUCCCCGAGGAUUUAAUGGGAUUCACUGUCAGCACAAUAUAAAUGAGUGUGAAGCUGAGCCUUGCAAAAAUGGGGGAAUAUGUACAGACCUUGUUGCUAACUAUUCCUGUGAGUGCCCAGGAGAAUUCAUGGGAAGAAACUGUCAAUACAAAUGCUCAGGCCCACUGGGAAUUGAAGGUGGAAUCAUAUCAAAUCAGCAAAUCACAGCUUCCUCUACCCACCGAGCUCUUUUUGGACUCCAGAAGUGGUAUCCCUACUAUGCACGUCUUAAUAAGAAGGGGCUUAUAAAUGCCUGGACAGCUGCAGAAAAUGACAGAUGGCCAUGGAUUCAGAUAAAUUUACAAAGAAAAAUGAGAGUUACUGGUGUGAUUACUCAAGGAGCCAAAAGGAUUGGAAGCCCAGAGUACAUAAAAUCCUACAAAAUUGCCUAUAGUAAUGAUGGAAAGACUUGGGCAACCUACAAAGUGAAAGGCACCAACGAAGACAUGGUAUUCCGUGGAAAUGUUGAUAACAACACACCCUAUGCUAACUCUUUCACGCCUCCCAUAAAAGCUCAGUAUGUAAGACUCUAUCCCCAAGUUUGUCGAAGACACUGCACUUUGAGAAUGGAACUUCUUGGAUGUGAACUGUCAGGCUGUUCUGAGCCUCUGGGGAUGAAAUCAGGACAUAUACAAGACUAUCAGAUCACUGCCUCUAGCAUCUUCAGAACACUCAAUAUGGACAUGUUCACUUGGGAACCAAGGAAGGCUCGGCUUGACAAGCAGGGCAAAGUGAAUGCCUGGACCUCCGGCCACAAUGACCAGUCACAAUGGUUACAGGUGGAUCUUCUGGUUCCUACCAAAGUGACUGGCAUUAUUACACAAGGAGCUAAGGAUUUUGGUCACGUGCAGUUUGUAGGCUCCUACAAACUGGCUUACAGCAAUGAUGGAGAGCACUGGACAGUAUACCAGGAUGAAAAGCAAAGAAAAGAUAAGGUUUUCCAGGGCAAUUUUGACAAUGAUACACACAGAAAGAACGUCAUCGACCCUCCCAUCUACGCACGGCACAUAAGAAUCCUUCCUUGGUCCUGGUAUGGGAGGAUCACGCUGCGGUCAGAGCUGCUGGGCUGCACAGAGGAAGAGUGAGGAGACCCCAGACCCCAUACCCCUCCUCUCCAUUUCCCUACAGUAUCUCCAUGGAAUGAACUCUGCAAAAUCUAUAGGAAACUGAAUGGGAUUUUUCAGGAGAAUAAUGCUCAGAUUAUGGUAGGCCAUCAGCUGUCUUCUUAAGGAGGUCUAAGCCUGCCUUUUCAAUGGUUUGAUUUAAUUUUUAUAGUUUAAAUUUCUUAAGCAACAACUCAUUAACUCUGAAUUACUCUUCUCAUUGUUUUCUGACUUAUACUGGCUGAAAUAUAUUAUGCAAAGUAGCACUCUUGUGAUAGCAAGGGAGAAAAAAAUCUCAUAGUUAUCAAAUAAAAGCAAGAAUUGUUACAGCUUUCAUAAUCAAUACUCAGCUUAUUCUUAUAAAAGGAAUACUGCAAUGUUAGCAAUAAUUUUUCCCUUCUGUAUUGACUCUAUAUUAUCCUAAUUAUUUCCCCGUGCCUACCACACUGUCAGUGUUUAUAACCAAAUUUUGAAGAAGAAUCUGUAACAUGCAGUACUAACUGAUAUUAUAAUUUCCUUUCUUUACUAUUUCUAAUCAGAGAUUAUGUGAUCUGUUUCUUUUUGUUGUACUCCAUUUUCUACAUAUUGCAUAUUGCCUAAAUAAGUCCACAUUCUUCCCAGUUGACUUUUAUCCUAUUAUUUGCCUAAAGGAAGUGCCAUGUUUGUGUCUGUGUAUGUAUAUAUACACACAGAAACAUGUACAAAAAUAUGAAACAUGAUUGACUAUCAGGCUGAUCAUAUUUAACCAAUAGAUUGUUAAGGUCCUGUGCAACACUGCUCAGUAUUUCUUGUUUUUGAAGGAACCUAUACGUAUAUAAUUUCUAAAUACUUCCUUUAUAAAGAACCCAGUACUACCAUUUUGCAAAAUAAACAAAAUUCCAUUAAAUUUCUUUAAAACAAAAUUUAAAGCUUUGUUUUGAUGAUAUUUACAUAGCCUUAUCUUUAAAAUAAUAGAAUAAUAAAUUAUUUGCAUAUUAAAUUUUUUUCACAAAUAUUGACAUAGUGCUGCAUAGCUUGGCCAAGCAUACUCAUCAUUUUUUGUUCAUCUCUAUAUUUCCUUUGAAACUGGAAUUUUAUUGAGGUUGGAAACUGGUGGUGGUUUCUCAGGAAAGCACAGUAUGUAGAUAUUUGUGAGAAGUAUUUUACUAAUAACAAAGUAGUAAAUCAUUUUCAAGAUGAAAUGGAUUUCUAUUUAUUUUGCUUCAAAGGUCCUAAAAAAUGGGCAGUUAUCAUAGCGAUUUGUUAUUGAUAAUGGAGGUUUCAUUGACAUUCUCUCAAAUUAAAGUUCAUACUGCCUCCAUCAAAGUCCUCAACAUCUAAUUUAUAAGCUUUACUACUAUUUGUUUCAUAAGGCUUAGACCCAGAAUUACUGGGGUUUUAAAUUAAGGGUCUGGAAAAGAAAGUAUGGUACAUGUACAAAAUGUUAAGGUCCUGUGCAACACUGCUCAGUAUUUUUUCUUUAUUAUUUGUGCUGCAUAACAAAAGCCACUAGACUGUUACUGUCUUGUCUGUCCAUGUGUUAACAGCAUUUCUUGAUGAUGUAUAUAUGGAGGGGUCUUCAGUCACAGUGAAGAAUCUAAAGAGAAAGUCAAUCAUAAUGGCAUUUUUAGUAAGAACAAAAUAUGGACUGACUGGCUAUGUAUUUAUCCUGUGCCGACAUGCUUUCUACUUUAGGCUCUUGUUAUAAAAUAGUUGAUUUGAAGCAUCUGAAAUGGUGAUCAGUUUUUAGCAUCUUUCAAAAACAAAAUUGUCAUAUCAUCACUAGAACCUUUUUAAGAGAAAAAUUAAUUCCUAAUUUAAACUUAAUUUGCUAAAUUUCACAGGCUUGUUAAGAAUAAUUACUUAGGUCCAAAGAUAUAGACACACUUACUUAUUGUGUAGUCAAUGGCCCCUAUUUCUUUAAAAAUUUACUGUCCCACCAAAUUUCUAGCCAUUUUCCCUUGUAGGCUUUGCACAAUUUUUGAUUCUUAACAGAGUGUUUUUAAAAUUAUGGCUAAGUUUUUGUGAUAAUUUACUUUCUUAAAAUUAUGUAUGGCUUCUUGGAGUUCCCACUGUAGUGUAGGGUUAAUGAUCCAGUUUGUCUCUGUGGAGAUGCUGGUUUGAUCCUGGCCUAGUGCAGUGAGUUAAGAAUCCAGCAUUGCUGCACCUGUGACAUAGGUCACAGCUCCACCUAGGAUUUGAUCUCUGGCCUAAGAACUUCCAUAUGCCACAGGGAUAGCCAAAAAAGAAAAAAAAAAAAUUACUUGUGGCUUCCUAUGAUGUUUUGAAUAUUGUUUUAUUGAUAGUUUUUCCCAAAACCAAUUUUUCUAAGGGUAUUUGUUACAAUUUUGUUACUUUUAGAAAUACAUUGAAAUGGCUUUCUCUUGCACAUUUUUUCUUUGCUUUAUGCUUUUCAGCAACAUGGCAUAUCAUGGGAUAUCUCUUUAUACUAUGAUGCCCCAAAUUAAUGACAACAAAGGAAUUCCCGCAUGUGGAAAUGUUAACAAUUAUUUUGAAGUAGUAUAUAGCUUUUGUGUCAUUUGUAUCAAUGAUAUUGAAUUGAAGCAAAUUUGUUAUAUAUAAAUUCACAGUAAAACAAGUAAAAUCUUAUAACCUGAAUGCACAGAAGAAUCACCUAGCCUCUGGGAGUUCCCGUCGUGGCACAGUGGUUUACGAAUCCGACUAGGAACCAUGAGGUUGAACCAUGAGGUUGCGGGUUCGGUCCCUGCCCUUGCUCAGUGGGUUGACGAUCCGGCAUUGCCGUGAGCUGUGGUGUAGGUUGCAGACGCGGCUCGGAUCCCAUGUUGCUGUGGCUCUGACGUAGGCCGGUGGCUACAGCUCCGAUUCGACCCCUAGCCUGGGAACCUCCAUAUGCCACGGGAGUGGCCCAAAGAAAUAGCAAAAAGACAAAAAAAAAAAAAAAAAGGGUCAUCUAGCCUCUACCAUGUUGAGGAUAACAUGCUAAUUUUAUAAUCUAUGAAAUUACAGUUUUAAACAUCUCCAUUUAUCUACAUCUUAUUAAAAGCAUUUACCAUAAUCACUAAUUCUAAGUUUUGGUUUGACUUUCUCUUUCUGAAUGGCUUCAUAAAGGUUGAUGUGAAUUUUGAAGACUUGGGGUACUAAUGAUUGUAAUUGCUAAUCAACAAAUUAUGAAAUAUAAUAUUCAUUGCGGGCAUCUGAUGUGUCAGUAAGUACUGAAAUUACUAAGACACAAUCUCUUCAAACUUUCAAGCUGUGUAAUAUUCCAAUGUUGGUUUCUUUCUUUGUAUAUAUACUUAAAUCACGUAGGAUGUUGUAAAAGCAGUAUGACCUUGUCUAGUCUUCAAAGUUAAAAUAAACUUUUGAAAAUCUGGGAUAGUUUUGAAGCACUUGUAAUCAAACACAUUUGUAAGAAUACACAGAUUAUCUGAAUGUGAAUACCUACUACUUUAACUACAUGCUGGUUUACUUUUUCUUUGUACCGGAAAAUUAAACAAGUACAAAAAAAAAAAAAUCACAAUAGCCUUCAAGUGUACAUUGAUAACAACUAAAUCGGCCUUUUCAAAAUUAUUAAAAUGUAUGCAAUUUCUCCUGCUCCUUUUAGCUGUGGAAAUUUUAUUAGAAUACUAAUAACCCAAAGUCAUUUUUUUUUGCCUCAUGAAUAUUUAAAGUCUUGUGCUCCAGAAUUGAUCUGCCCAUUGUUAAGCAGAUGCUACUGCUGUUAUUUCUAUUGUUUUUUAAGUACAUGAUUCUCCAGAGUAUAAUGAAGAGAUCUAAUCAAUAGUAAGCAAUAACACAAACACUAAUAAUAUAUUUAUCUACGUAACUUUAGCUUCUGCUUAAAGAAAAUAAUAUUCUUAGCUUCUUCAUAAACCCUGUUUCAGCCUCUCUGAAAGUCACUGGUAAAAUACUGAGUCCGAAUACUUUCCCACAUUUUAGAUAUUUUCUUAGGAUUCAAAAAAUUUAGGGAAAAAACCUGAGAUACUAAAUGUAGACUCCUUAGUUGAGCUUCAGUGAAUCACUGACAGUUCUUGUACUAACUUAUCAUAUAUGUUUAUGUAUUCAUACAUGUUCCUGUUUAACUUCAUUUAAUGUGAAUAGUUCAAUGGGGUUCCCUAGCUCACCUAAUUUUCUCAAACACACACAAAUGUGUUUAUAUUAAAUACAAGCAAUUAUACAUGUUUUUUUCAAUAAGUCAAUAAAGAACUAUAACAACAUCUA